UCCCAGCUUGCCGGGCACAAGGCUGAGCGGGAGGAAGCGAGAGGCAUCCAAGCAGGCAGUAUUUUAUCUUCACCCCAAGUGACCAUGAGAGGUGCCAUGCAAAUCUCAAUCAUGCUCCUCCUAGUAACUGUGUCUGACUGUGCUGUGAUCACAGGGGCCUGUGAGCGUGAUGUCCAGUGUGGGGCAGGCACCUGCUGUGCCAUCAGCCUGUGGCUUCGAGGGCUGCGGAUGUGUACCCCGCUGGGGCGGGAAGGCGAGGAGUGCCACCCCGGCAGCCACAAGGUCCCCUUCUUUGGGAAACGCAAGCACCAUACCUGUCCUUGCUCACCCAACCUGCUGUGCUCCAGGUUCCCAGACGGCAGGUACCGCUGCUCCAUGGACUUGAAGAACAUCAAUUUUUAGGCGCUUGCCCGGUCUCAGGAUACCCACCAUCCUUUUCCUGAGCACUGCCUGGAUUUUUAUUUCUGCCAUGCAACCCAGCUCCCAUGACUCUCCUAGUCCCUACACUGACUACCUUGAUCUCUCUUGCCUAGUACACACAUAUGCACAUGGGCAGACAUACCUCCCACCAAGACGUGGUCCCCAGGUGGGCCUGAGGAUGUCCCAGCUUGAAGCUGUGGUGUGAGAGAUGGCCAGCCUGGUUCCCUUCCCUGCUUAGGUUGCCAGAAAGGUGGUAAAUAGCAGAAAGGACAUUCCCCCUCCCCUCCCUUCCUGGGCCUGCUCUCCUUCCUGGGCCCUCCCCCUCUCCCCACAUGUACCCCUCAGUCUGAAUUGGACAUUCCUGGGCACAGGCUCUUGGGUGCAUUGCUGAAUCCCAGGUCUUGGCCUGACCCUCAGGUCCUUUAUGUGGUCUGUGAGGACCAAUUUGUGGGCCGUUCAUCUUCCCUUGAUUGGUUAACUCCUUAGUUUUAGACCACAGACUCAAGACUGGCCCUUCCCAGAGGGCAGCAGACAGUCACCCUAAGGCAGGUGUAGGGAUCCCAGGGAGGUCAGUCAGCCUCCUGAAGACUCUGGUCCCAGCCAGCCUGUGGUCUGUGGCCUGUGACCUUCUGCUAGAAUUGUCAUGCCUCUGAGGCCCCCUCUUACCACACUUUACCAGUUAACUACUGAAGCCCCCAAUUCCCACAGCUUUUCCAUUAAAAUGCAAAUGGUGGUGGUUCAAUCUAAUCUGAUAUUGACAUAUUAGAAGGCAAUUAGGGCGUUUCCUUAAACAACUCCUUUCCAAGCAUCAGCCCCGAGAGCAGGUUGGUGACUUUGAGGAGGGCAGUCCUCUGUCCAGAUUGGGUGGGAGCAAGGGACGGGGAGCAGGGCAGGGGCUGAAAAGGGCACUGAUUUCAGACCAGGAAGGCAACUACUCACCAACCUGCUGGCUUCAGAAUAAAAGCACAAACUGAA